AUGCAUUCACCAACGAAAUAUCCUCAUCGUACAGAGAAAAGAGCUGUAGAAACAGACACAAAGCCUAAGAAGCAUAUCCAUACAAAGAAAUAUAAUCGAUUUGACUUAUUUGAUCCAAAGCCAGUUGAAGAAAAAGAUCCAUUUCUCAACUCAAUAUCAAGGAAGAUCACUUUAUUAACACUUAGAGUUAGUCAUAUUGAAAAUCGUCUUGCUGAUUACGAAACUCAAGCAAAAAUCAUAGAUGAACAGAAUUAUCUCAAGGAUCCUCCAUUUGCAAUACCUCAAAAGGAAAUAAAGCUUACUUCUUCAAGAUCUAGUCAUUCUUCGCCAAGCCAAAGAAGCUAUAUUAGCUCUUCAAGCCACAUAACAGCUUCAUCUCUUCAAACCAAAUCAAAUAUAGCAGAUAUUGAUAUUUAG